AUGAACUUGCCGAGGUUCGGCCUUCAAAAACUCUCUUCGAGUCUGUACAACUACGACCUCGCUUCGCAAUGGUCAGAGCAUAAGGCUGCUUCCGAGGAGUUUAACAUUAACGCCACAUCAACGUUCCGUAAAAUCAGGCCUCCGAGCUACGAGUACGUAGUACUACUACUGUACAAAGGACGUAUGAAACACUUCAGCCCGCCCGCAAGCUACGGGGUCAGUUUUGCAGACUUCGAUCGACGAAGUGUAGAUCCCUCCUCUUCUCGUAAACUAAUCUUUUACAACGACAGGUUACCUUCGGGCUGCGUCCGGGCAUGCAAUUCUUCCAUGCAGCUCCAUUUCAAAGCCUUUUCCCUCGACGUUUACCCGCCCGCGAUUCCCUUCUACACAGGCGGUUUUGAUGUUUCCACAUAUCGACCUGUUGUCGAGCUUGUUCGGGCUCCUAUCUUAUCUCUUCCCGAUUCUAUUGCUAACCGCUCACCCAGCAGUAGUUACCACUCAGCAGGACCAGAAAAAGACGCAGUCGUCGCCGACCAACGGGCACGGCGGCGGGGUGCCCUCAGUGUAGAAGCCAGCCUUGCCCUUGCACGCCGUGUUGACGUUGGCCUCGAGGUACUCGCACUCGUUUUUGGCGCUGCAUUUCCCGGCCACCCGCUGCGCGGUCGGCACGUAAGCCAGGACUGCCAACGGCGCGAAAAGUCACAAGCCAGCUCACGAGGUGAGCUGAGUCGCCGGCUGUAUGUCUCAAAGAAACGAAACUUACUCUGGCAAACUCAUUUCGGUAUCGAGGUUUCUCGCCUUACUAGAAUCGUCCUACAACAAGCAACUCCCGUCCGGAACUCGACUCGUUGCUUGUACGAAUGCUUGUCGGACACCAGGGGGUGUAAAGUGGAGAUUCAAACAUUUGAGCCGCCGUCGGUUCCUCAGGCGGUAAUUACAAUUAUGAGGGCUGUACUGUGUUACGAUUUCUCCUUCUUCUUUUUCUCGUUGAUGGAAGUAGAAAUGGCCUUGACACUUUUCCCGCGCUCAAUUUCUCAAUUCUCGAAUUUCUCAAAAGGCUGGCAUCAUCGUAUCCAGCUUUUCGUUCCUUCAGUCUCAAGUCUUAAGAGAGAGAGAGAGAGAGAGAGCGAGAGCGCACGCCAGAAGAGCUCGUCAAUCAUUCACCAUUCUAGCCAUGAAUUAGGGCCUCUCUGGUCGCCCACAGAUCACUUAUCCCGAGGGCAGGUUCUAUAG